UGGAAGGAACUAUCGAUUGUUUCCCUUUGUGUUUUACUCACAAUAAUUCAUGUUCUGUCAACUGUGUCAUACAGUUGGCUACAGUGAAGAUCAGAAAUCAGAAAUGUUGAUGUGACAUAAAAAUCUGGACGAAGCGCAAAAGUGACCAGGAUAAUGGAGCUCUUUAUCGGUCUGCUGAACUGCUUCGUGUCCUUCGUGAUAGGAGCUCUGGUCACUGUAGCAUUGCAGUAUUAUAUCUUCAUGAAGUAUGUAAGGAGCGAACCCGUUAUAGAUGCUCCUAAGAAGCCGGCAGCUGAAAAAUACUGUAUGCCAAAGGAAGUUUUGGAGUGCCUCAAGUCAUGCGAUGCAAGUGAUCCUCAGAUGCCAGUGGCAAUCAACCUUUUGCUGCAAUUUCUUUUUCAUGAAUUGCGGCACAGUUCCAGGGUGCGUGGAUGGUUUUGGCGUAAGCUGGACAUGGAACUUGAUGAGCUGAUAUCAAAAUCUACCACAGGGAGACUUUUCGAUAAAUUAUCGUUGAGAGAUCUACAUUUGGGCAGUCAAUUUCCAGAAAUCCGAAAUGUGCGAGUGGAAAAUGUCAGUCUUGAUGAAACCGAAGGUCACAUCGAUACACUAGAUUUAAGCCUGGAUUUGAACUACUCUGGAAAUUUUCAACUUGCCAUUGACGCAAAUAUGGUGUUAGGAAAACGUGCUUAUCUUGCUGUGAAAGUGCGCCAUAUAUCUGGAAGGGCGCGAUUGCGGUUUACUCGUUUGCCUUACACGCAUUGGUCAUUUAGUUUUUAUGAAGAGCCUACGAUAGAUUUAGCAGUGGAGUCGCAGUUUCAAGGCAGACAGAUGCAAAGCAACGUCACCAGCUUCAUAAGUAAUCAAAUUAGGAGGGCCAUCAAGCGAAAGCACACUUUACCCAAUUAUAAAAUUAGAUAUAAGCCUUUCUUUACAAGAACUGAUCCCGGCCAGUUAGAGAUUGAUGAGAACAUAAUUGUUGAAGGCCUUCUCGAAGUAACGACAUUGGAGAUUACUAGAUUAUCAAUUACUAAUCCGAAUAUAGAUCAAAUAUUUUAUACUAUGUGUAUAGACAGUAUUCCUUGGGUUUCUUUAUCACAGAAGGAUGACCAAAUAAAAAUUUUAUUAGAUGUGAUAGUUACGAAAACCAAAGCUCAACAACUAGGAAUAGUUUUCAAGCAAGAGUGUAUGGAUAAAAGUAACACAAGCGUUGUGAUAGAGACCAUUGUGCCAAAUAGCCCCGCGUACGAUGCAAAAUUAUGUAGAGGUGAUAUAAUAAUUUCGAUUGAGGGCAAACCAGUUACCAAUACAAACCAAGUUGCUAAAAUAGUAAAAUCUAUCAAUUUGAGUAUGUUUACCAUUCGUGUUGAAAGAAAAUUGACGGAUGUUAGUCUGCAUAAUAGCACAGAAAAUAUAACUGUGCAACAUUUUGAACCACCAGAGGUGAACAUAUCUUUAGCCAAAGAAUCAAGUAACAAAGACGGCACAGAACCUGUGGAUGCUGGUAAAGGAAAAUCUAGACAUAAUAGCAGAAGUGUAGAAAACUUAACCAAAAUUUCUUUUUAUAAAUCUAAUGAAUCUGUACAAUUAUCUUCAAGUUACGGUCUCAGAAAAAGAAAUUGUUCUUUGGAUAAAACUUCCAGUGACAGCAGUGCUGGAACUACACCAACCAGCAGUUCAACUGCAACUCCUUUAAGGAAACCACAUCCGAUGGCUUUGGAACGAUUAAGCUUUAGUGAAAGUUAUUCGAUGAAUUCUAGUAAUAAUAUAAAACAGUCCAUUAAAUGUUUUACAUCAAGUGAUCUUCCUGUGAAAUCUGUGUUACCAUUUAAUAACGUUUAUACAUUUGAAAUGUUUGAAGGAGAUGUGUACUUAAACAUUAAUGUUUGGGGAAAAAAUCAUGCUUGUGAAGGUAGUGUUUUGCUCGGUUAUUUGAACAUUCCGUUGACCACAGUGAUAAACAAAUGCCAAGAUUCUAAAUUGGGUCAUUAUUUGAAAUGUUACUCAUUGCUUCCUUCAGAAUUUUUACCUCCAAAUAGUCGAAGUAAUCCAAUGUCUUCCCAACCUGGAUAUGAACCAUGCUUGUGCUAUGGUGAUAUAUUACUAUCAUUCUUGUGGUCGUCAAGUAUAGCAGAAAAAAGCUCUGUCGCAAUUCCAAAUAUUAAAAAGCAAUUAUUCAAGUCUUCGCAAAAUACUGCACCUCCUGAUGUUAACAUUCCUUCGGCGGUAGUUCAGAAUGAUACCAAAAAACAUGACUUUAUUAGAACACAUUUUCAUAGAGCUACGCAAUGUGAUUUUUGUGGGAAAAAGAUCUGGUUAAAAGAUGCAGUUCAAUGCCGAGAUUGUGCAAUGUGUUGCCAUAAAAAAUGUGUUGUUAAGUGCCAAGCUGGUGCACCUUGUACUAAUGCAUCUACAACAAGACCAGUUGUAGUUCCUAAGUUCCAAAUGACCGAACAGCAAUUUGAGGAUAAUAUUCCUGACGAAGAUGUAUCUGGCGUAGAUACAUCUCUUGGCGUUGACGAAGCACAAGAUGCAACACCUGCCGGUGACGGAAAAUCGUAUGAUUUUGCGAUUCAUCGAAAAAGUUUUAGCGGUCUGCUACAGGCCACAUUGCCUCAGACUAUUACUCAAGGCGUUAAAAGAGUCAAUUCUGCAAACAAUUUAUCAAUACCUGGUUCAGGAUCCAGUAAGGAUGGAUCUGGUAGUAAAAGUUUACCACCAUCGCCGCAGCACACACCAAGGAAACAAUCUCUGGUGUCCGUCAGCUCUAACCCAUUCGACCUUUGCCCUGCUCUUCUUGAGCACUGCGAUGUGACUGACAGUGAGAGCGUUGCUGCUGUCGUAGAACCAAUCCUUCAAAAUCAUUUGCAACAAGAAGAUAUCAUGAGCCUAGCCAAGGAUUCUGCCAAGGGAUUACAUUCAGAUCUACCAGGGCCAGAGAGAUUGGACAAAAUUGGAGCAAUGGUUUCAAAAUUGCGCCGAGCUUUGGAUUGCGAAACGUCUCAUCAAACUAGAAGUAGCAACGGUCGAUUGUCGGAGGCCGAGAGAACGAAACAGGCGUUCAUCGAGGGCAAUCGGGACGCGCGAGUUCAGGCGCUGUCUGCCCUCAUGCUGCACUAUUGCGCUGCUAUGCAACACGCUCAGGAACAAAUGGAAAAGGAAGAAAUCGAUCCUGAAUGCGCUUCCAACAUUAAUGCUGAUCAUCAACAUUUGUAGAAUACAAUGGUGCAUUUUGAGAUGUACCUGCGGAAUGGAAUUCUUCUUUAAGUAUUACAAAUUAUUCUUUUUGGCGAGAACUUUAUAAUUAGUGACAUAUGAUUUCCAUGAA